UUUUUUAAAUCAAAUUUUGUUUUACGUGCGGUCAAAAGUAUAUUUAAAAAUAACCGGAAAUUUGCAUCCUCGAGAUUUCUCGAGUCACGUGAUAAAUUUCCGUCGAUUCGAUAGAUCGACGGUUGCGUCGGUCGAUACUCCACUUCGGAUACUUGUUGUCAUCAACCGACGCAAAGAUAAAUUACUGAUACGGCCUAAGAAUGUUAAUCACGUGUUGACGUCGUAAACAAAUGUUUUCGCGCACCGUGUGUGAUGUAACGAGCGGUAUUAUUGACAUUUCCCGCGGGUCUGUGUGUUGAAUGACACGUGAGUGCCGUGUAGUGCCGAAUUAAAAACACACACUGCCGGUUAUACGCGCGCCAAGUUUUAAGAUGGAUGUGGAGAACGAGACGUGGAAAUUGUUGUUUCCAAUAUGCGUUAACGUGGCGAUGUCCGUGAGCGCGUGCUGUCUGACCGUUCACUUGAUUCCGCGAAUAAAAUCCAUGUUCGUCAAAGCUAACCUGUACGGCAUCGACAUGAGCAAGAGACGCAGCGACAAGAUCCCGGAGGCAAUUGGCGUUGUUACGGGAUGCGUGUUCCUCAUAACAAUGUUUCUGUUUAUACCCGUGCCGUUCACAGAUUACAUAUUUAAAAACGAAAACUUUCCGCACAACAAGUUUGUAGAAUUUUUGGCCGCGUUGCUAUCAAUAUGUUGCAUGCUGCUCUUGGGGUUUGCGGACGACGUUUUGGAUCUUCGCUGGCGACACAAAUUGUUCCUACCCACCAUAGCGUCGUUGCCGCUACUGAUGGUUUACUACGUUAACUUCAAUUCCACAAUAAUAAUCAUACCAAAACCGUUGAGACCGUGGUUCGGCUUCACCCUGGAUCUGUGGAUAUUUUACUACAUCUAUAUGGGAAUGGUGGCUGUGUUCUGUACAAACGCUAUUAAUAUACUAGCCGGUAUAAACGGUCUGGAAGUCGGACAGAGUUUGAUCAUCGCCUCGAGCAUUCUCGUUUUCAACGUCAUAGAACUUACCGGCAGUCAGUGGAAAGCGCAUCAAUUUUCGAUAUACUUCAUGCUGCCGUACAUCGCUACCUCUCUCGCGUUGUUUAAGUACAACUGGUACCCGUCGCAGGUGUUUGUAGGCGACACAUUUUGCUACCUGUCGGGAAUGACGUUUGCCGUGGUCGGCAUCAUAGGCCACUUCAGCAAAACGAUGCUGCUAUUCUUUAUACCGCAAAUAAUCAAUUUUUUAUACAGCACACCGCAGCUCUUUCACUUCGUGCCGUGCCCCAGGCACAGAUUACCAAAGUACAAUAAGAUCACUGAUCAAUUGGAGCCUAGUGUAACUGUGUUUCACAAGUCGGAACUCAGUGUAAUCGGACGAUUGUUGUUGCGGAUGUUCAAUGUGUUGAAAUUGAUAAAGUUAGAAGAAGAUGCGGAAGGCAUUGUCACUUGCAAUAAUUUGACCUUAAUCAAUUUCGUACUGAUCAACGCCGGCCCGUUGAGAGAGCCGACACUCACAACGAUUUUACUGAUAAUUCAGAUUGUUAGCAGUAUAAUGGCAUUUGCAAUUAGAUAUCCUCUGGCUUCCAUAUUUUAUGAUAUUUAGAUUGAAAAAAAAAAACGCAAGAUUUGUAAAACUUCCGCGUUUUUUCUCUCUCUUGUGUAUAAAAUAUUAACUGGUGUGUACACACGCUUAAAAACAGCAGUGUGUGUAUGUAUGUGCGUAUGCGCGUGUGUGAGAGGUUGUUUCGCGUUUAUAUUUCUUUAUUGUAACGUUAUUGUUAUCUUCCACAUCAAGGAUCAAACAAAUAAAGAUAAAACCGCUUUUCAUA